GGCUGUACGCGCGUGAGGUACCCUGGUUCCGACCCGGCGGCUCCGGUGCCCCGCUAUGCAGAGGCCAGGCCCGGGCACCUCGUCUCUCUGAGCCGGUCUCAGCGCGGAAGGCCCAGAGCGAGGCCAUGGCGGAGUCCUCCGAGCCCGGGCGGCGGGCGUCCGCGGACGGCGGGCGCCUGGAGGAGGACGACGACGAGGAGCGGGAGCCGCUGCUGCCGCGAAUCGCCUGGGCCCAGCCGCGGAAGGCCGCGCCGGGGAGCGCCGUGAGGCUGCUGGAGACUGCUCAGGAGGAGGACGCGGCCUCCCCGGGCGAGGCCGGCGACAAGGAACUGCUGCUCCGGCCCAGGGACGCGCCCCGCUGUCCCUCCGGGGACGGCAGGGCCCCCCGGAGCCGCCCCGUGGGUUCAGAGUUGAAUACAUUCUUGGACGAUCCAGAAUUUGCUGAUGUUAUAUUGAAAGCAGAGCAAGCAAUAGAAUUUGGAGUUUUUCCAGAAAGAAUCUCUCAAGGUUCAAGUGGAAGUUACUUUGUGAAGGAUCCUAAGAGGAAAAUUAUUGGUGUGUUUAAACCCAAAUCAGAAGAGCCUUAUGGUCAACUGAACCCAAAAUGGACCAAGUAUGUUCAUAAGGUCUGCUGCCCUUGCUGCUUUGGCAGAGGCUGCCUGCUUCCUAAUCAGGGAUACCUUUCUGAAGCUGGUGCCUCCCUUGUGGACAGAAAGCUUCAUCUGGGCAUUGUACCUAAAACAAGGGUGGUUUGGCUUGUCAGUGAGACAUUUAACUACAGUACAAUUGACCGUGCAAAAUCUAGAGGCAAAAAAUAUGCUUUAGAGAAAGUGCCAAAAGUAGGUAGAAAAUUUCAUCGGAUAGGACUCCCUCCUAAGAUUGGUUCCUUUCAGUUAUUUGUUGAAGGUUACAAGGAGGCUGAAUAUUGGCUUAGGAAAUUUGAAGCUGACCCUUUGCCUGAGAAUAUUAGAAAACAAUUUCAGUCACAGUUUGAAAGAUUAGUUGUUUUGGAUUACAUCAUCAGAAAUACAGACAGGGGAAAUGAUAAUUGGUUAAUCAGAUGUGAAAAGCAGAAAAAUGGAAAGGAAAUUAAGGAAACAGAGUGGAUUGAUGAUAAAGAACCACUUAUUAAAAUAGCUGCAAUUGAUAAUGGUCUAGCGUUUCCUUUUAAGCAUCCUGAUGAGUGGAGAGCAUAUCCAUUUCACUGGGCUUGGCUUCCUCAAGCAAAAGUUCCUUUUUCUGAAGAAAUAAGAAACUUGAUUCUACCAUAUAUUUCUGACAUGAACUUCGUGCAAGAUUUAUGUGAAGAUCUUUAUGAACUUUUUAAGACUGACAAAGGAUUUGACAAAGCCACUUUUGAAAGUCAAAUGUCUGUGAUGAGGGGUCAGAUCUUAAAUCUGACUCAGGCAUUGAGAGAUGGAAAGAGCCCUGUCCAGCUGGUACAGAUGCCUUGCGUGAUUGUGGAGCGCAGUCAAGGUGGAAAUCAGGGUCGGAUUGUUCACCUCAGCAAUUUCUUCACCCAGACUGUCCAUUGCAGGAAGCCAUUUUUUUCCUCCUGGUAGCAGAUGUAAGAGUAAGAGAAACAGACUCUUUGGUGUUAUCGUGUUGUUAAAACGUUGCAGUAAUGUGAGUCUGCUGUUAGGAACUCCAGUUGCCAAAACCUCAAAUAAUAUAAGUCUUUAAAAGGUUAUCUUUUGAAUGUAAUCAAAAGUUUACAGUUUUUUCGUCCAAAUAUUAAAUUUCUAUUUCAGGGAAGAAGUGAUAUAUCUCCUAUAUUGUAUUUUUGUAGAAAAAUUGUAUUUUAUGUUGUUAGUUUAAAAGGUAAUUUCAUGGUUUAUACAUUCUGAUGUGACUGUAAUUACUUUAGAAUUCUUAAUAGAAAAAUAAGAUAUUUGUUGACUUUGAAUACAAUAACUUUUUAUAUGCUUUUUAAACAUUGAGAAGAAUGUUCAUGUUAACUCUUCUUACAUUAUAAAAGUCCUUUGAGGGUGAAACUGCUCUUACGAACUCUAAGAGUAGUUAAUAGAAAAACAGGUAAGAAUAAAGCAAUGUUGCCUUAAUUUAAAAAGCUGCUAUUUUAGAACUUGAAUAAGUGCCCCUAAAGUGACCAUUGUUAGGGACCAGAAAACUAUAUCUUGAUUAAGUAACAGAUGACUGUUUUCUUUUUUGUACUUCAGGAUAUUUUUGGUCAAUUAUUUUGUUGUAGUGAGGAAAAAAAAGACUAAAGACAGCCUUUUUUUAAAAAAUGGAAACAUUCAACUGAGACUUGAGGGGAAUAACAUGAAAUUAAGGAGAUCCCUAAUCUUUUGAAAUUCCAAAAUAGCAUUAAAAAUUCCCUUUUGUUUCUUGCAUUGAUCAAUUACUUAUGAUUAGUACUUCACAGAACUAAUCUUGUUGAAUUUACUACUUCAGUUAGAAUUAAAUUUCACUGAAAAGUAAACCAUACCCCCAAGUGUAUUUUGGAUUGCAUUUUGGGGUUGUAGGACAUAAGCUCUAAAAAAUAAUAGUAGUAUUGUAGGUUACUUGAAAUUAUUGAUGUUAUUAUAAUUACAUUCAACUUUAGAAUAUCAGCCCUAAUUAAAGGGGAACAUGACAGAGAUAACCAUGAAGUCAUUUAUAUUUGAUCUUGAAUAUCAGUAUGUCUGGUAUCCUGGGAAUUUGUAGCACUUUUAACUCACCAGGUGAUUUAAGUUGAGAUAAGACUGAUAUGAAGAUGUGAUUCCAAAGAAGCAGAAGUUUCAUUCUCUUCUUCUUCAGGUUCCAAAAAAAUCACAUCACCACUCAGACUAAACUGGGCAGUUUAUGGUCUUGGCCUUUUGUUUUUUAAGCUUUUCUGUCUUGUGACUUUUUUUUAAAUUAAGUAUUUUUGUGUAAAAAGUAUUUCCUGGAGGUUAAAUUAGGGUGCAAGACAGAUCUGCAGUUCUCCGUUCCUUCCCAUCUUUCUCUUGGUCUUCGUGGAUGUGAUGAGAGAGAUACUGCUGUCCUAGUAAAGUCCAUUGGAAACCUGUGUUCUCCUACCUCCCCUGACCCUCCAUGAUCUUAAUGUUGAGAUAAUGGAAAAUUGACUGGAAAUUCAACACUUAAGCUACUAUCUUUAGAUAAACACUAGUAAUUAAAAUGUGCCUUUUGAAGAUGUCUUCUAAAAGAAAUAAGUUGUUAUGAUGUGGGUACUGCUUUUAUAAAAGUUUUUUCAGUAUUUUGAGAAUUGCUAUAUUAAUUUUUAUAAUGGAAAACUUAGUAAGUUGCUACUGUGUUACGUCCUAAAAUUAAAAUAGUGUGGAAAUAUUUUUAAAUGGUCUGACCAGGCCAGAAGAGUAAAGUUGAAAUAUUUAAGAUAUGAUUACAAGUCAGAGUACAUUGGUUAUAUUUUAUAAAUUUUCAUGAAGUUAGUUCUUAUUUAAAUAUUGUGUUACUUUGUUCAAUAAGUAUAUUUUAGUGUCAAACAUAGUAGACUAAAGGUAAUAAAAAUCAUUGUCUUAAGGCUAGAUUUCUCCUGAAGUAUGUAUAUUGAAUAUUUAGAAUGUUGUAAACACAUUUAUGUUUAUAAAUGAUGCCAAACUA